CUGUCCCGAAACUUUGCCCCGGGAGGAGCCCCAGGGGAGGCAUCCUGUUUUCUCCUUGGCCAGAUCAGGAAGCCCCACAGACCUUCUCUGAUCCCAGCAGCUGGCCAGACUUCCAUGAGGCAGCCUGGUGCUCUGAAGACCUGCUGGCCCAUUCAGCAGUGAUUGCCACCGGGCUGUGCCCAUGCCCAAGAUGUGAGCAGUGCCAGGAGUGCUGAACCCGGGCACUGAGGAUGGAAAAGCCCCGGCAGCCCCCCUGGUUGCCUGGGUAAUGAGCAUCCUGCUCAGUCUGGGAACUGUGGCCACCAUGGCAGAGAACACCAGCUUCUGGGCUCAUCUGGUGGAUGCCCACCCCGUCUGCUUGGCCUGGAGACAGGAGGCCGAAGGGGCCAUCUACCACCUGGCCAGCAUUUUCUUUGUGGUCGCCUGCAUGGGCGGCAGUGGAUUCUUCGGGCUUCUGUAUGUUUUCGUUUUACUAGGCCUGAGCUUCCUCUGUUCGUCGGUCUGGGCCUGGCUGGACGUGUGUGCAGCUGACAUUUUCUCCUGGAACUUUGUCCUGUUUGCGAUAUGCUUCAUCCAGUUCGCCCACGUGGCCUACCAGGUUCGCAGCGUGACUUUUGACCGGGAAUUCCAGGAGCUCUAUCACUCCCUUUUCCAGCCACUGGGGACCCCUCUUCCCAUCUUCCGGAAGAUUGCCUCGUGCUGCCAGGCAGUGAGCUUGGAGAAGGAGCACUGUUACGCGAUGCAAGGCAAGACGGCCAUCGAUAAACUCUCCCUGCUGAUCUCAGGAAGGAUCAGAGUAACGGUUGAUGGCGAGUUUCUGCAUCAUAUUUUCCCCCUUCAAUUUCUGGAUUCUCCUGAAUGGGAUUCACUUAGACCCACAGAAGAAGGCAUUUUCCAGGUAACCCUCACGGCAGAAACCGACUGCCGCUACGUGGCUUGGAGGAGGAAGAAAUUAUAUCUGCUAUUUGCUCAGCACCGUUUCAUCUCCCGCCUGUUUUCCGUUCUAAUCGGCAGCGACAUCGCCGACAAGCUGUAUGCCUUGAAUGACAGAGUGCAUGUGGGCCGGGGACAUCGCUAUGAUAUCCGACUGCCUAACUUCUAUCAAAUGACAGUGCCAGAGACAGUCAUAACACCACCAGUGGAAUCACUUUCAAACAACUCUUCCAGGCAAUAUUGUAGGAAUAGGGUAGCCUUGUAUGUCUGUCGUAAUGUAAUGCUACAUUUGCAAGACUCUGAGUGUGAUUCCAGAAUUCUGGUCAGAAUCCUGGUAGGCAGUGAGAAUAGAGCUACCAAACACUUCAGGCUUACAGCGGCAUUCACUGGUCUCACCUGGGAUCUCUCAGUCCUAGCAAGAGCUCUAAUCAUGAGCCUCGAAGCAGGCUUUGGUCUGAAGGAGGAGCAAUCUGAGCUUUUGGAAAUGAUGUUUUCCUUCACUAUGGUUGAGAAUUGGGAAGUGCUACUGGUGGAAGUAGAGGAGGAGCAAGAAAAAGAGAAGGAAAGGACAAGAGGAACAGAUUACUUACCUGAUGUGCUCCUACAGGAACAGAACAAGGAAUGGGGUCUCCACCUGCUCUGCCCUAGGAAGAAAGGUCUUGAGGGCCUCUCUGCCCCCAACUCCCCAACUCUUCAGUUCAGGUUCUCUGGCUGCAUGGGAAGGAGCUUGGCCUGGUGGAAGGGGCUCAGAAUUGUGAAAUGUUGUUCUUUAAAGAUCCAGGAGAAGGGCCCGCUGAAGAGUGAAUGCAUGGAGACUUAUGUUGCUGGGAGCAUGGAGAACAAUGGAGAAGGGCACAAGGCAGUCGAUAGCGAUCUGAUGGACAACAGCAUGUCUGCAAAUCAAUAUGAUCUCAAACGGAAAGCCUGGGGCUCAUUCUUCUUGGAAGAUCGAUCCAGGUGUCCAGGUAGAAGGGUCAAACGGGAAGCAGACCCCAGAGCAUUGGGUUUCAGUGGGGACCUGGAUUCACAGAGAGAAAUGGAGGGACAGAGACAAAGAUCUGCCACUCUCACUGACAAAGAGUUUACUUUUGUUAACACCAUGUAUGGUGUUUGCUGCCUGCAGCGGGACCUAAUUCCUGGAUUCUUGGGGGAAAUUCCAUACUGCCUGAUUAAGGACUUGCAGCUUGCAAGCCUGUGGUGGAAGGAACAGAGAGGUGGUGUCCGGCCGCUGGUCGGGCUGCUCGGGCUGCUCGGACUCCGGGCUUCCACCUGCCGCUCUCAGACCCCCGGGGGUCUCUCCCGUCGCCGCCCGAGGUCCCGAACCCGCUUGGGUCCCUCCGCCCAAGGUCGCCCCCCAGGGACUUCCAGGAUGAACAGCUCGGAUCCCUGGCCCCCAGCAGCCUGGCCAACCACUGGCCUCACCCUGCUUCCGGGGCCUUCCAACGAGACGGUGUGUGAGAACUGGCGGGAACUGCACCACCUGGUCUUCCACGUGGCCAAUGUCUGCUUCGCCCUCGGAUUAGUCAUCCCCACCACACUGCCUCUCCACAUGAUCUUCCUGAGGGGGAUGCUAACUACAGGCUGCGCCCUCUACAUUCUCUGGGCCUCUCUGUACCACUGCGCCCUGGACAUCGUGAUCUGGAAUUCUGUGUUCCUGUUGGUCAAUCUGCUCCACCUGCUGUACUUGGUGUACAGGAAGAGACCGAUCAAGAUAGAGAAGGAGCUGAGUGGGAUCUACCGGCGAAUGUUUGAGCCGCUGCGGGUGCCUCCAGAAAUGUUCCGGAGGCUGACGGGCCAGUUCUGCUCCAUCCAGACGCUUCAGAAGGGGCAGGCCUAUGCAGCCGAAGAUAAGACAUCCGUUGAUGACCGGCUCAGUAUUCUCCUCAAGGGGAAAAUGAAGGUCUCCUAUCGAGGACAUUUUCUGCAUAAUAUUUACCCCUGUGCCUUUGUAGAUUCUCCUGAAUAUCGGUCAACUCAGAUGAACCGGGGUGAGAAGUUCCAGGUCACCAUUGUAGCCGACGACAACUGCAGGUUCCUGUGCUGGUCUCGGGAACGGUUAAUGUUCUUCCUGGAGUCCGAACCCUUCCUGUAUGAGAUCUUUCGGUACCUGAUUGGUAAAGACAUCACCAACAAGCUCUACUCCCUGAAUGACCCCACGCUCAGCGAUAAGAAAGCUAAGAAGCUGGAGAGGGAGCCCAGCAUCUGCUCCCAGCUGUCCGUCAUGCAGAUGAGGAAUAGCAUGGCCAGCUCCAGCGACAGUGAGGACGGGCUGCAGCACUUCCUACGUGGGACCCCCACAGCCUCCAGUCUCCGUGUGUCCUCACCCUAUCUGAGGGCCUCUGCCAAGAUGAAGCCGAUCGAGGAAGUGGUGGAAGAUGACGUCUUCGAACCGCCAUCUCCAGCUGCCCCUAGGUUCCUGAGGCUGCCGUGAAGAGACGCGGCCCUCGCUAGGCACAAGGCCAUUUGGUGAGGCCGAGACGGGAGCCACUGGCCGCUCACAUGGCUUCCUGCAUCUGCGGCUGAGGCCAGCUCAGACUGGUGACAACGAGGGUCAAGGAAAAAAUGGCAGCCAGGCUUUUACCGGCCAAGCUUUGGAGUGAUUUUAGCUUCUGUGUGACACUUAGCUAGGUUUAGUUAUACAGAUUUGAGCAACUGGUUAGCAGACAUUGAUGCUUCUGCCUCCGUUUUAGUAGAAGGCCAAUGGAAAGUUUUCUCUCAUUGUCCACGUUUUGUCUUUGUCAGCCAGCAAUAAACAGUUGUGGCUCAAGGAAGCAGGCCGCAUUCCCC